AGGAUCGAACGUCCAGUUCGUACAAAUCAGAUUCCUCGUCAAAUUCCUGAUCAAGUUUUUUAUCUACGACCAAUUCCUUCGAUGCUUAUGGGUGGUGUACUCCCCUUCGGUGCCAUUUUCAUUGAACUAUAUUUUAUAAUGAACAGUAUUUGGGGUAAUAAAGUAUAUUACCUGUUCGGUUUUGCUGCCAUGGUGUUUGUGAUUCUUACGAUCACGUGUUCAGAGGUCACAAUCCUCUUGUGUUAUUUCCAUCUUUGUGCGGAGGAUUAUCAUUGGUCAUGGAGAGCAUUUUUGACGUCUGGAGCGUCUGGAUUAUACAUCUUCAUCUAUUCCAUCAUGUAUUUUGUGACAAGGUUACAGCUUACUUCGUUAACCAGCGCAGUGGUUUACUUUGGAUGGACGGGUGUCAUGAGUCUGAUGUUUUUCGUACUAACAGGAACAAUCGGUUAUUUUGCAUGUCUCGUCUUCAUCCGUAAAAUAUUUAUGAGCAUUAAAGUGGACUAA